GUUACAGUGCUCGCAAAGGAAAACGAAUAUUUCAUGGAGACGGAUCGUUAUUGGGGCGUACACUACAGCGGCGGCAUGGCCGGGCAGCACUACUGCCUGCGCUGGAAUAACUACCAAUCGAACAUGACGUCCGUUUUCCACCAACUCCUUCAGACCGAAGCUUUCGUGGACGUCACGCUGGCAUGCAACGAAGCUUCCUUAAAAGCGCACAAGGUGGUAUUAUCGGCGUGCAGUUCCUACUUUCAAAAGCUCCUACUUUCGAAUCCCUGCAAACAUCCGACGAUCAUUAUGCCCCAAGACGUAUGUUUCAAUGAUCUCAAGUUCAUCAUAGAAUUCGUCUACAGAGGAGAGAUCGAUGUUUCGCAAGCAGAACUUCAGUCACUGUUGAAAACAGCUGAUCAACUAAAGAUCAAAGGAUUGUGCGAGGUGCCGGAAAGCAGAGACGGUCCACCUUCUGUAAGUCUGAGUUCACCGCCAAGAGAACCCGGUACCCCUAGGAUAAAUUUCACCAAGUUGAAAAGACAUCAUCCGAGAUACAAGAGAGCCAGGACAACGUUCGAACCUCGCGCUACGGAUUCAAGGCAUUACGAUCGAUACAAAGAGGAGGAAUCGAACGAAAAUUACAAUCGUGAGAACAAAGAGAACCACAGAGACUGGCAAGCUGAAGAUGAAGAUUGCACGGAGACCGCCGCGGGAGCAGUAGUCUUGGAAACUUGCCAGCGUAACAGUAACAAUAGUACCAUCACCACUGGCAACAACAACAAUAAUAACAACAAUAAUAAUAACACUAGCAGUAACGGCACCGGUAACACCACGAGCAACAACAAUAACAACGGUGACAUGUUUUGUCAUACAGGCCUUGGUCAUUACGGUCAUCAUCCGGAUCCCGGUGAGGUUGACCUACCACCAGAGACUCAACCGACACCGCCGAGUGCCACAUUGGUCGGUACUACCAUUACCCAUCUACGAGACCCGGAUCAUCAUGCCACAGGUGCAAUCGCUGAGAUCCAAAAUUGCGACAGUGUAAAGAUUAAGUUUGAAACGUUACACACGAUGGAUUCGUCGGACACGAUCGAUAUCGAUAGCCACAUGUCGGAUCGAGCGAGCGUCAGUUCGAAGAACGCGACCGAUAGCGACAACAUGAUGAUGAUUACGCCGGAAUUACUUGGAUUAAUGCCGUCUGGCAGUUCGGUACAUUCGGAUUCCGGUGAAAACAAUUCGAGAGGUCACUCGGGACAAUCCAGUUCUCAUCAUCAUGGCUCGAAAUCUUGGACUCAAGAGGACAUGGAUGCCGCUUUGGAAGCAUUACGAAAUCAUGAUAUGAGCCUUACAAAAGCCUCCGCCACCUUCGGUAUACCUUCCACGACCUUGUGGCAAAGAGCGCAUCGGCUUGGUAUCGACACUCCGAAAAAGGACGGACCCACCAAAUCCUGGAGCGACGAGAGUUUAAAUAACGCGCUCGAGGCAUUACGGACUGGAACAAUAUCAGCGAACAAAGCUUCGAAAGCAUUUGGUAUACCCUCGAGCACCUUGUACAAAAUCGCGAGAAGAGAAGGUAUCAGAUUAGCUGCGCCUUUUAAUGCGAGUCCUACCACGUGGUCGCCGGUCGAUCUCGACCGCGCUCUCGAAGCGAUACGAUCCGGCCAAACGUCCGUACAAAGAGCCUCCACGGAGUACGGUAUACCAACGGGGACAUUGUAUGGUCGAUGUAAAAGAGAGGGUAUCGAACUUAGCAGAAGUAAUCCUACGCCUUGGAGCGAAGACGCUCCCUUCCCUUCCCUGCAAUUUUUCAGAUUAGGGCACAUGAGCAUCAAUCAAGCGGCUAUCCACUAUAACUUACCGUACUCUUCUUUGUACGGUCGUUUUAAGAGAGGAAAAUACGAAGAACCAGCGGUCGGUGAAAUAUCGCAAGAUGGUAGCAAUCCUCAUUUUCAUCAAAGCCCAAGUCAGAAUCAUUCGUCCGCCGUACCGGAUCAAAUGCCGUACCAAGGCAGCUGAAACUUGCCCCUUUAUUAGAAUGGUUUAAGUUAAUUUAAAAUCUUCGAAUUUCUUGCUGCAACUUAGCAGUCGAUCCCUUCUUUCAACGAGAACAAACGAAACAAAAACGACAGAGGUCACCGACCAAAAAUGCGUUAUAUACGCUAACGAUUGGCGAACGAAUUCUUCUCGACAAUUUAAAGCCGGAAGCAGGGACUUGUGGCUGGCGUUGCGCGACUAUACACGGUGACAACCGAAGGGUCAGGACGGGACUAGACUAGAGUAGACGAGCUAUGAUGAUCGCCCUCCACCCCCUCCUUUCCUCCCUCCAUCCAUCCCAGCCCCU